AUGAUAAUCAAAGAACCAAAUAAAGUUAAACAAUUGGAACAAUUAAUUAAUGAGGUUGAAUCAUUUCUCAAUCAAAAUUCAACUAAAUCAUCGAGAAUCUCAAAUUAUCCAACUAAUUACGGUUCUGUUGGUAAUUCUUAUGUUUAUGGAGUAUUACAAAGACUAUUGGAAGUUAUUUCGUUUAAUGAGAUAAUUUAUCGAGUUCGUGAAGGAGUCGCUUCGACAACGACCUGUUUGACCUGCCGAUUGUUGGCCAUCUUUUUCACCAACGAUCACCUGAGUACCUAUUCUUACCUUUACAUGAUGGAAACACUUUGUGUCUCAUUUGGGAUGCAAAAGAAACACAUUUGCCGAGAGAUGAUAGACCAAGUAACAAAUGUUGUUGAUUAUGUACGAUUGAAUACUAAAUUAACAUCAGAGGAAAUGUGUGGUGUUUCAAUUGGAUUGGGUUGUGUGUUUUUCACCACCGAGAAAAUUAAUUGGACAAUUCCGCUUCCAGAUGAAGUGGAAACAAUUGUAUCAAAUGAGGUGGAAAGUUUUUCAUUGAAUAACGGUAAAAAAGAGGGUGGAAAAGUUUAUACAAUUGCUCAGAUAACCGAUGUUCAUAUGGAUCCUUUGUAUGUUCCCGGUACUAUUGCGAGUUGUAAUGAGCCGGUUUGUUGUCGACCAGAUCAAGAUUUCACUGACCAUUUGGUUGGUGUUGCUGGACUUUGGGGUGCUUACAACGGAGGCUGUGACACUCCCAUUUCAACAGUUUUCCAAACAAUGGAGAGACUCAAUGAAAGCUCACACCUAUUACACUACAUCUUGAGCACUGGCGAUGUGAUUCCUCAUGAUAUCUGGAAUUAUCGUAGAGCGACAACUCUUGGAUUAUUGGAUAUUAUGGAUAAAGCUUAUGAGAUUGUUGAUCCAGUUCCAGUUUAUUCAGCGAUUGGAAAUCACGAGGCGAUUCCAAUCAACAGUUUCUCUCCGUCGUCCAAAGAGAUCGGUGGUAGAGAUGAUAUAACUAACGAUUGGCUCUAUCAAAGUUUGGCUCAUCGAUGGUCAAAAUGGAUUCCAGAGGAAUAUUCAGAAGAUUUUAAAAGACGUGGUAAUUAUGUUGUCAAAGUUCACCCUGGUUUCCGGAUAAUUCAGUACAAUAGUAAUUACUGUGCUCGCACCAAUCCAUGGGUUCUUUAUGAUUCAGUUGAUCCUGGUGAGAUAUUGGCAUUUUGGCAUGAAUUGGCAUCAGCUGAACGGGAAGGUGACACGGUUCAUCUUGUUGGUCAUAUUGCUCCCGAUCAUCGUGAGUGCACCCAAGCUUGGCUUCAUAACUUUAUUAGGAUAAUUGAACGUUAUCAGAAUACAAUUAAGGCUCAAUUUUAUGGACACGAUCAUCGAGAUGAAUUUCGUUUAUAUUAUUCAUUGAAAAAUUCAACAAUUCCAAUUGGAUUUGCUUUUAUUGCUCCAUCAUUAACAUCUUAUUCUCAGACUAAUCCAGGUUACAGAAUUUACCAAAUGGAUGAACAAGGAGUGAUCCUUGAUUAUGAGACACAAUAUUUUAAUUUGACGGAAGAUCAAUUCUCAAAUCAACCAAAUUGGAAGACGAUGUACAAAGCAACAGAAUUAUUCCAAUCGGAUCAGGUUAAUCCUCAAAUUCUCGAUAAUUUCCUGCUAAAAAUAGAAAAAGAUGAUCAGCUUUUCGAUACAUAUUACAGAUACUUUUAUGUGAUGACUGACGAUGAAAGUGGUAAAUUUUGGGAUGAAGGAAUCAAACGAACGGUAAUUAGUAGUCAUAAAGUUAAAUUACCGAUGUUAACACCUCCAAUUCCAGUGGCUUAGGUCAAUUUAAAGGUCAAACUGCGUUCAACAUUCAAGGU